AUGACAGUCGACUUCAUUUUAAACCAACCAAUGGAACCAUUAAAAAAAUUUGAUGGUAUUUUCUCUGAUGUUUGUUUUAAUCAAAGAACCAAAGAAUUCUACUACACCUAUCUUGAUACCCUCAACUCCGAAACCCAAAGACUCAGAAGCUUUUUAAAUUCCUCCAAUAGUAGUUUAUCUAGUAGCUCUUCCUCUAUUGAUAGUUUAAUAAGUGCUUGUCAAGAAUUCGAAAAAAAUAUAUAA